AUGUGGCGAGUGCUGGGCUACUUGAUCGGCAUUAAGGAUGAAUAUAACAUUUGUGGGCGCAAUUGGUCUGAAACCAAGCCACGUCUGGAAAUUGUGAUGCGACGUGUAUAUGAACCGGCUUUAGAGAAUACGAGUGCUGAUUUCGAGCAGAUGGCAAAGGUGUUUGUCGAUGGAUUGUGGCCAAUAAAUACGGCGCUCACCGUGGGGUCGGUGUUAUUUUUUACAAAGCGAUUGACUUAUGUGAAAGGAUACGAAUACUAUGAGUUCGAUCAUCGUCCCGGUGUCACAAUCGAUCCGAAACAGAAACUUUACUACUAUGAUUUGGGUUGGUAUGAUCGUUUUCUCGUUUCGUACGGCCUCUUUCUGGUGACAUAUCUAUACAAGUUCAGCAUUGUGCGUUGGUAUCUCAACUUCCGCGUCCGGUUGAACAACUUGAUUUCAUAUUACUUGCCAUACGUUGCAUUCUGGAAAUUUGGUAUUAAAUGUUCAUAUGUGCGCAUCUUCACCAACGAUGGCAAUGAGAAGGACUUCGAGUUCCACUUGAAGGCAGAGUGA